AUGAAGAUAACGGCGAUUUGGGUCUAUCCUAUCAAGGCCCUCCGCGGCAUUCCGCUCCACAAUGCCCAUCUUGGCCCCCAGGGGGUCAAGUAUGACCGACGAUUCAUGCUCUUCAGGGUCGGCGAGGACGGAGAGUUGGCCAAGAUCCAGCUUGACAGGUAUCCCGAGUGCAGCCGCUUCAUCCAGGAGAUUGUCGCCGAUGAGAUUCAUGUACGAUACCAGCCUCCGAGAGAUCCGUUGGUGUCGCCAUGUCCGGAGCAGAGCGUCGUCCUCCGCGUGCCUCUGGACCCUGACGUCUCAGGUCUCGACCGGCAAGUCAUCAACCUUCACCAGGGUUUAGUUGACGCUUAUCGAAUGGGGGCAUAUUUCGACGAAUGGUUCACAGCCUGCUUUGGCUUCCCAACCGUACUUCUCUACAUCGGUGACGAGCGUCGCCCGGUCUUUGGAACCUUCUCGCCCAGAGCUCAGCCCGCUGCUCCUGCUGCGCCCCCCGCCAAACAGGGCUGGCUGCCUUAUCUGGCCAGCUUCGUAUGGGGAGAUCAACACGAGCCCGAGCCAGAACCAGACUGGCUGACCUUUUCCGAUAUGGCCGCCUACCUCGUCGUGACCGAAAAGUCACUCAGUAACGUCAACGCGCGUCUCUCCAGUGGUCCCGUGGAUAUCGUGAAAUUCCGGCCCAACAUCGUGGUGGACGGCGAAGGCGAGUUUGACGAAGACUUCUGGGCCGAGCUGUCCAUUGGCGGCCGCCCUACCCUAGCCAUGACCAAGUUGUGUAACCGUUGUACUUCCCUCAACGUCGAUUACGAGACGGGGCGGUUCGGCGAAGGCGAGAAGGGCAUGCUCUUGAAGAAGCUCAUGUCAGAUCGACGGGUCGAUACGGGCUCCAAGUGGACGCCCGUUUUUGGCAAGUAUGGUUUUCUGGUCGAUGGCCUAGACGGAGUUGACGUAUCAGUUGGAGACGAGGUGGUUGUGACGAAGAGGACGAGUGAGCGGCCAGUGUGGGAUUGGCCGUACAAGGAUAAGAAAAUUGCUCGCUUCUACCGAUAUACGUAG